AUGAACGAGCACCCAAGUUUCAGCCGCCUAGCGCUGGCCGCCGCUCUGAUCGAAUACGACAACGACAUUGACGACCCCUACAAGGAAUAUAUCGACCACCGCACCUCGGCUGUUUUCAGGCAAUUCACGCAGCAGCGGCGCGCGCCCUCCCUCCCUCCCCUAGUCACGCGGGGACAAGGCUUCGCCGGCGUCGGCGCCGGAAAGGGCACGGCACUCCCUCUCCCGCCUGGCAGUGCUGCCCGGUCGACGUUCAGCGCACACUCGGGAGAUAUGCCACCCGACAUUCCGCCCGACGUGAAUAUCGAUCUAGAUGAUUGGGACUUGCCGGAGCAUAUGGUUAGCGAGGAGGCGAAGCUGCAGCACAUGUCGCCAGCUAACCCUCUAUCUCCCUCCCACCCCCCGUCCCAACCCCUCUCCCCCCUCUCCCCACUCGCAAACGUUCCCGGAGCACCCGACUAUCCACCUUCACCUGCCUACGCAUCCCCCUCGUAUGGUCCAGGAUCGCCGCGCGAUGCCACCUUUGCGGCCGAGGCGCACGGCGCGUCCGCGCGUGCUGGUCACGGUCGGACUAUAUCUGAGGUCUCGAUGCCUGUUCACCGUCCACGCUCCAUUCACCUUGAGAGUAUCAGCGACAACACACAGGAAUACAUGGACGAGAUGCCUGGUCGGCACAGUCUCGACGCGUACGGCGCUGAGGCGGACGCCGCCGUGCGUGGAGCAGGAAGCGUGCAAAGCAGGCCCAGUGCGGAUUCGCACAAUAGACGCCAAUCUAUCCUCGGCCACCUAAACCUUGAGGAUGACUAUGGGCGACCCGCUGCGCCCAUCAUGGUCCGCCUUCCGGACUCACCGACGAGCGAGCGCUUUGGGAGACCAGUUGGAUCUCGUCCACCAGUCCCCCGUUCACCUGAGGGCCGUGCGCCCUCGCGCGGCCUUGUUAUCGACGAGCAGGACAUUCUUGCCAACGCGUUCGAGAUGCCCGGCCCUCCUCCCGAGCUCGGGGCCCGCUUCACACCAGGCGGGUUGCAUCGACUCAGCCUCAAUCUCGAACAAAUUGACAGCCACAGCGACAGCGGGAGGCCCGCGCGCCGCCCCUCGCUCGUAUACCUCGACCGCCCGGACAGCGUCGCGAGCGGACCACCGGGCUCAUUUUACGGGCCCGGCAGCGAGGUCGACGCAGGCUCGCCGACCCGGCCGGUAUUCGAUGACAUCCCCACUGCUGAGGAGUAUGGACGACCCCUCCGCCCCGCAAAGUACAACAACCAAGCUUACCGCAUGGCGCGGCAUCAGCUGCUCCGUCCCAAGACGCUCAUCAUGCCCAGCGUUCUGGAGGGCACUGAGCGGCCGACGGCGACGGUGCACAUUCCCGAGGGCUUUACACUCGGUGAGAAGCCGCUGCCUGAAGACGCACGUGCGAGUAUCCUCAACCAGGGCAAGGGCGUUCCGCUCUCGCUUGCACAGCGGACGUUUGCGAGCUCGCUCAUGGUUGGCGGAGCGCGCGACGACGACUUCUUCCAGGGCCAGGCUGCGGAGGGCGAGGUUUUACCUGGCGGCUUAACGGAGGAGGAGCGGUUCGCGGUCGAGCAGGAGCGACGCCAGCCAGGCAAGCUGUAUGGCACGAGUCUGAUUGACCAGCUCGAGGCGCGAAAGACGGCGCUGUCGAACAAGAAGCGGGUGUUCUACGGCGACAACCGCCCGUCCAUGAUGGCACGCAGUACUCAGUCUGCCUUCCUCGCUCCGCCGGGUCAGGGACCUCCCGACGGUGACCCGGGUCAGCGGCCAAUGUCCUACGCACCCGGCGGCAGCGAUCGGCCCAUUUCGAUGGCCGUAAACGACCCCAGACCCAAGAGCUACGCGCCUGGUGUGCCGGCCCUCAACUUACCCGACGAGGACGCCGAGGAGGGCGACCUCGGCACGGCGAACCGCACACGUAACGUGCGCAGCGUCUUCGGCACUGACAUGGUGUGGGAACGUGAGAUGGCCAAGUUGCGCGAGUUGCAGUUGGCCCAAGCGCGUGCGAACGAGGAGGAGGAUGUGCGUAAGCACGCAAAGGAGGAGGCCAAGCAGGCCAAGAUCGACGCCCGCGAGAGUAAGAUGUACCACACGUCUCAGCGCAAGUCGCUAUUCGGUGUCGGGAGCGGCAACUCGCGCAAGAGCAUGCUCAACCCUGAAUUCGUGCCCGAGAACGACCCGAAUUUCGUGCGGCCCAUGAGCAUAGCCUUCGGCCCUGGCGGUAUGAUAAUCCCCACUGGCAACGAGGACACGGGAGACGAGAGCGACGACGAGGGAGAGAGCGACCGUCCGUACGACGCUAGCCCACGCACCUCGCGCGAUCGGCCACCUACUGUCUACUCGGACCGUCCAGCCACGACCUACUCUGACCGCCCACCCACCCACAUGCUCGACGUCGAAGGACCCGAGCUCACGAGCAGAAUCUUCCAGCCGCCUGCCCCGGCCCUUUCGCGUCGCUCUGGCAGUCGCCUCGGUGCUGAGACGUGGUACCGGGACAGUGACGACGAUGAAGAUAUGCCGCUGAGCCGGAGCAAGGGGCGGCCCGCGCCAGCCCCGAUCCAGGUGGUCGAGUCGGGGUACGAGUCGGACUCGGAGGAGGACGUGCCGCUCUCGCGUCUCAAGGUCGUCGACUCUGACGAGGAGUUGCCUCUGUCGCAGUUACGCAAAGGCCCGGCGGUGGGUACGCCAACGACGGCCACGAGUGCGACAGUUCGUCCCAAGUCGGGCGCACCGAGUCUCCCCGUCCUUGGCGACCUGGCCAACUUCGACAUUACCCCCACCUCGCCCCUGUCUCCGCCAUCCGGCCGCAACAGUCCACCCGUCGGCGCGUCGGCCGGCCUCAGUGGCGAUGAGGACGAGGACGAGGACGAGGUACCGCUCUUCGUGCGCAAGGCUCGGCAACGCGCGAGCCAGCCCAAGACGAAGGAGGAGAUCGAAGACGACCUCCCCCUCGGUUGGAAACAUGCCGGAGGUGGAAGCAACCGAACCACGCAGAUGACGCCGAGCUUUUACCAACAGCCUGGUAUGCCAUACUCGCCCUAUGGCCCAGCUAUGGGGAUGGGCGGCAUGGGAAUGGGCGGCAUGGGCAUGGGCAUGGGCAUGAUGCCCAUGAACAUGGGAUCGCAGAUGAUGCCGAUGAGCCCUAUGGGUCCGAUGUUGGGCGCACCGAUGCCAUACCAGCCAGGCCAACCCGGCCUCGAGAUGCCCGACCCCGGGAGCAACAUCGACCGGUGGCGACAGAACGUGAGCGGCAGAGCGGGCAGUGUGGCCAGCAGCGCACCGAGCCAUGUGGGCCGCUAG